UAGUAUUACUAAUACUAGUAUUACUACAACCUGUAAUAAUACUGCCAGUACUAGUAUUACUAGUACUACUACUGCUAGUACUACUACUACUAGUAUUAAUACUACUAGUAUUACUAUUCCUAGAACUAACAAUACUUGUACGAUAACCACUAGUAAUAAUACUACAAGUAUUAAUACUACUACUACUACUAGUAGUACUAGUACUACUAGUAUCACUACUACUAGUAAUACUACUGCUAGUACUACUAUUUCUAGUACUACUACAACUAGAACUACUACUAUUAAUAUUAAUAUUACUAGUACAACCACUACUGGUAGGUCAACUAUUAGUAUUAUUACUACCGGUUAUACUACUAUUCGUACUACUUCUAUAAGUACUAGUAAUACUAGUGCUAAUAGUAUUGGUACUGCUACUACUAAUACUAUUUCUACUGGUACUACUACUACUAGUAUUACCACUAUUUGUACGACAACUACUAGUAAUAAUACUACCAGUUAUACAAAUACUACUACUAGUACUACUGGUACUACUACUACUAGUAUUUCCACUACUACUAAUACUAAUGGUAGUGCUAAUAUUACAAGUACUACCACUUUUAGAACUACUAAUAUUAAUCCUAUGAUUACUAGUGCUACUAAUACUAGUAGUACCACCACUUGUACGACAAAUAAUAGCAUUAAUACUACUAGUAAUAUUACUAAUAGUACCAAUAAUACUACUACUAUUACUACUAGUACUACUACUAAUAAUACUAAUAAUGCUAGAAUUAUUACUACUGGUAUUACUACUACUAAUAUUACCACUAAUUGUACGACAAAUAUUAGUGCUGCUUCUACCAGUAUUACUACUAUUAGUACGAUUACAACAAGUACUACUAUUACUAGUACUACUACUAAUAGUAAUACUACUACUAGUAAUAGUAAUGGUAGUAUUACUACUACCAGUAAUACUAAGACUAGUACUACUACAUCUAGUACUACUACUGCCAGUAUUGCUACUGGUAAUUCUAAUACUAAUACUACCACUCCAUGUACGACAUCAACUAGUACUACUACUACCAUUAAUACUACUACUAGUACUACUAAUACUGGUACUACUAAUAAUUGUUCUACUGCUUUUAGUACUAAAACUACUAGUACUAAUACUACUAGUACUACCACUACUUGUACGAAAACUACUAGUAAUACUACUACCGGGAAUACUACUACUAGUAGUACUACUAAAAGUACGGGUGCUACUAGUACAACUACUACUAGUACUACUACUAUUAGUACUAUUACUACAAGUACUACUACAACUAAUACUACCACUACUG